CAGGUGAAAACGGUCUCAAUUCAACUGAUAAGGCUGGAGCAUGUAAUUGUGGCAACCGCGGAUGGGAAUAUGGCGGUGCGCAGGGGGAUGGACGGACCAAGAAAUGAAUCUCAAUCCCCUUCAACCCGAGCCCCAAAGGGUGGGGAACAAUUUAACCGUCAACAUUCCAGCGAGUCUCAAUGGAAAUCCCGUCGUCCCAUACUGGACUUGAUUGAAAACUCCAGCUCUAUCAUCUGGAAUUCCUACUUGUAUCACCUUCAGCAAGCAGCACCUUCUCCACGUGCAGUACUAUGUGAAGAAGAGGGUGAUUCAAGGACCCAUCCAAUCUAUGGAAGAGUUUUUCAUGGUUCCCUCGGAGCAGGAAAAGCAGAGAAGCUUCUUGGCAAUCAAGAAGGUGCAUAUCUUGUCAGAGAAAGUUUGUCUCAGCAGGGAGCUACUACUCUUAGCUUCAGGUGCAAUGGUGUGACAAAGCAUUAUCAUCUCUACUAUGGAGGAGGACAGCAUUAUGUGGGAGGGAAGAAAUUUAGCACUUUGGAAGAUCUGGUGAGGGAGGGUCUCAUCACCUUGUUUUUGGAGGGGAGAGGAGCUGAGCAAUACAUUGAUGGCAUGUAUAAGACAGCAGAUUAUGCAUGCAGUCCAUAUCAGACUCUGAAUCAUGCAAAGAGGGAACUGAUAUUGAAGCAAAUCAAUACUGCUUCCAAUGGUCAUGUUAAAAGCAAAGAUGUUGAGGUGAAAGAUUAUGAAAAACCUCAUUCCUAUGAGAUGCAUUCCUUCAAGGGUUUUGUAUGGUGUGAUAUAUGUGGGAACUUCCUCUGGGGUCUUCUUGCUCAGGGUGUCAGGUGCCUAGAUUGUGGAUUGUCGGCACACCACAAAUGCAGUGAGAAGGUCCCAAAUGACUGUUUGCCUCAACUACGUUUUCUCCGUGGUGUAUUUGGAGUGGAUCUCACAACCCUUGUGAAAGCUUACAACAGACCUCGGCCAUUCGUAGUGGAUCUUUGUGUGAAAGAGAUAGAAGAGCGAGGAUUGGAUGUGGAGGGACUCUAUCGUGUGUCUCCAUCUAAUGAUGAAUUAGACUCCCUGAGACUGACCUUUGAUGAAGAUGGAGAAUCAACAGACCUCAGCAUCUAUUCAGACAUUCAUGUGGUAGCAGGACUCCUGAAGCUUUACUUUCGCCUCCUUCCUAUACCUCUCAUCCCCUAUGACGCCUAUGACAGGAUCCUUCAUGCCAUCCGGGAUGAGGAGAAGGAUGAAGGGGAAGGGAAGAGGAAUGGGAAGAUGCUACUAGUGCUACGAGAUUGUGUCCAUGAUUUCCCUCCUGCUCACUUUCACACAGCCAAGUUCCUCAUGGCCCAUCUUGCUAACGUGGCAGAGUAUUGUGAAAAAAACCGAAUGACAGCAGGGAACUUGGCGACUGUGUUUUCUCCAACUCUCAUGAGGUCCCCAACAGCAACUCCUGCUGAGGGACUUGCAUCUGUUCAUCUGGAAAAGGCUGUUAUGGAAACAUUCAUUCAGCAUCAUCAACAACUGUUCUCCUAAAGUUCCUCAGUCUACAACUGAACUAUUUCCUGGAUCUACGAAUUUUCCCUGCAGUUUUCCUGCUCUUGCUGCAACUUCUGCUUCUUCCUUCAGAUAUAUAUCUCUUCCAUGUUUAUUUCAUUUCCUUUGU